ACGUUCACCGGCGCCGCGCUGCGCUCCCCUUAUCUCCAGGAACAACACGGAGCGCGUACCCACUGCGGACUUUUGCCCUCCGACUUUGAUAGGCAAAGAUAAGCCGAACGGCAUAAGAGCAGCUCCAACAUGUUUUCACCUAAGUCGCCAAAAAAUGCCUCAAAGUUUGCCUUCAUGUCGUCGCCCGGCGCUGAGGAGCAGAUAUGUAUGGUUGAGUGUAAACCGGACUGCACCUGUGUUGUCCACUCCGCCUGCAGCUGCGACAGGAGAGACUGCGCGCCCGAGGUGAAGGAGAAUGGCCCUGACAUCGAGAAACAAGGCUUUGACAACUUGGCUUACGAGUAUGGGAGUCAGAGUGAGCUCUACCCUCCACCCAAAACUGCCUCCAGAACAACUUUUAAACUCCUGGGACUCACCUCAGAGCACCAGGCCAAAGCCAUCGAGAGCAGAAUCUGCAGUCUGAAUGGAGUUCUUGCUGGCAGCUUGUCUUUUCCCAGCAGCAUGGCCAAAGUGGACUAUCAUACCUCAGUUAUCACAGCCAAAGAGAUUGCCCUGGAGCUCCAGAGAGUGGGAUUCAAUGUAGAGUCGGCGGUGCAGAUCAGGGUGGAUGGUAUGCACUGCCAGUCCUGUGUGCAGUCCAUUGAGGGGCACAUUGGUCCUCUACCUGGGGUUUCACAUAUUCAAGUGUCCCUUCAAGAUGCUGUAGCACUUAUUAUAUAUAAACCUCUUGUAGUAACACAACAGGAGCUGAGAGACAGCAUAGAGGACAUGGGUUUUGGUGCUACUUUAUUAACCGAUGAUCCAUCUGAAUGUGAUAUAAGCUACUGGCAGAGGGACAUAUUGAGCUUCACUGUGACCGUUUGGAUUGUAGGGAUGACUUGCAACUCUUGUGUGCAGUCCAUAGAAGGGAGGAUCUCUCAGAUGACAGGAGUGCAGUCCAUAGUAGUGUCACUGAAGGAGGAAAAGGGAAUAAUAACCUUUGACCCCAGUCUGACGGAGCAGGAGCAGGUCAGGGCAGCUAUCGAGGACAUGGGCUUUGACGCAUCACUUGAAGAACCUGCAUCAGAGACCCUCCAGGGUCAUGUUAAGUCCAGGCCUGUUAACUCUGGACUUUCUGACCUUUCUGACUUGCAAUUUCCCAAUAAGUCGGGAGUCAGCAAUGGCACUGGAUCACAGGCAACCUUGGCCAGCGAGAUUAAAGUACAGAAAUGCUUCAUUUGCGUAAUGGGAAUGACCUGUGCCUCCUGUGUGGCCAACAUUGAGAGGAACCUGCUCAAACACAAGGGAAUCAUCACCGUGUUGGUGUCACUGAUGGCUGGGAAGGCGGAGGUGAAAUAUGAUUCAGAGGUCAUAAAUGCUGCUGCUGUAACUCAGCUGAUAGAAGACUUAGGAUUUGGUGCCAAGCUGAUAGAGGAAAAUGCGGUAACACAUGGGAAACUGGACCUUACUAUAACAGGCAUGACAUGCGCAUCAUGUGUCCACAACAUCGAGUCCAAGCUCACCUCAACCAAAGGGAUCCAAGGGGCCUCUGUCGCCCUGGCAACCAAAAAAGCCCAAAUCCAGUUUGACCCAGAAGUGAUCGGACCUCGAGAUAUUAUCAAGAUCAUUCAGAGCCUUGGUUUCGAGGCCAGUCUGGUGAAGGAACGCUUCAAAAACAACCUUGAUCACAUGGAAGAAAUUCGACAGUGGAAGAACUCCUUUCUGCUCAGCCUUGUUUUCGGCCUACCUGUCAUGGGUCUCAUGAUUUACAUGAUGGUGAUGGACAGUCAGCACCAGGAACACGGAGGCUCCAUGCCUGAGGAGCAGAACAUACUGCCUGGCCUCUCCCUCCUCAACUUGGCCUUCUUCCUGCUCUGUACACCUGUGCAGAUCUUUGGAGGCCGAUACUUCUACAUCCAGGCAUACCGCUCAUUAAAACACUGCACAGCCAACAUGGACGUGCUGAUUACAUUGGCCACCUCUAUUGCCUACAUCUACUCCUGAGUGGUGCUCAUUGUAGCCAUGGCGGAGCGAGCCAGCCAGAGCCCUGUCACCUUUUUUGACACUCCACCUAUGCUGUUUGUGUUCAUUGCGCUGGGUCGAUGGCUGGAGCAUGUUGCAAAAAGUAAGACCUCAGAGGCUUUGGCCAAAUUAAUGUCACUUCAAGCCACUGAUGCCACUGUGGUCACUUUGGGACCUGACCACUCCAUCAUCAGUGAGGAGCAGGUGGUGGUGGAGCUAGUGCAGCGAGGCGACAUCGUGAAAGUUGUUCCAGGAGGAAAGUUCCCCGUUGAUGGGAAAGUGAUUGAGGGAAGCUCCAUGGCAGACGAGUCCUUGAUCACAGGUGAGCCGAUGCCUGUCAGUAAGAAGGUGGGCAGUUUGGUGAUUGCCGGCUCUAUCAACGCUCACGGUGCCCUCCUGGUGGAGGCCACUCACGUCGGUGCAGACACAACUCUGUCUCAAAUAGUUAAACUGGUGGAAGAGGCCCAGACCUCGAAGGCGCCCAUCCAGCAGUUUGCAGACAGGCUCAGCGGUUACUUUGUGCCCUUCAUAGUCAUUGUCUCUGUGCUGACGCUGGUGGCCUGGCUGGCAGUUGGGUUUGUCAACUUUGACAUUGUGAAGGAGAAUUUCCCGGGUUACAACCAAAACAUCUCCAAGGCGGAGGUCAUCGUCCGCUUUGCCUUCCAGGCAUCCAUCACAGUUCUGUCCAUUGCCUGCCCCUGCUCUCUGGGGCUGGCAACCCCGACAGCUGUAAUGGUGGGCACAGGAGUCGGAGCUCAGAACGGGAUCCUCAUUAAAGGAGGCGAGCCGCUGGAGAUGGCACACAAGAUCAGCGUGGUGAUGUUUGAUAAGACGGGUACAAUCACAAAUGGAGUACCGCAGGUCACCCGCGUGUUGGUAUUGUGGGAAAUGGCCCGCAUGCCUCUGAGGAAGAUCCUGGCGGUUGUUGGUACAGCGGAGGCCAGCAGCGAGCACCCCCUGGGCACGGCAGUUGCCAAACACUGCAAAGAGGAGCUGGGCUGUGACUUGCUGGGUUACUGCCAGGACUUCCAGGCAGUGCCCGGGUGUGGGAUCAGCUGCCGGGUUUCCAACGUGGAACAUCUGCUGCAGCAGCAGAACGACGAGCAUUUCCUGCUGGCAGGAGCCACCACUGACGAAAGCAGCCUGCUGUCUGCUGCCGAGGCCACGCCUGCAGGUGAGCCUUUAUCGUACUCUGUCCUGAUUGGGAACAGAGAGUGGAUGAGGAGGAACGGUCAUCACAUCGGAGCAGACGUUGAUGCCGCCAUGUCCAGCCACGAGACAAAAGGGCAGACUGCUAUCCUGGUGGCUAUAGAUGGUGUGCUGUGUGCCAUGUUAGCCAUUGCAGACACGGUGAAAGCAGAGGCAGCAUUAGCAGUGCAUACGCUCAACAGCAUGGGCAUUGACGUGGUUAUGAUAACGGGAGAUAACAGGCGCACAGCUAAAGCCAUAGCUGCACAGGUGGGGAUCAGAAAGUUGUUUGCAGAGGUGUUGCCUUCACAUAAGGUGGCAAAAGUGCAAGAGCUUCAGGAACAAGGCAAGCGAGUGGCAAUGGUGGGGGACGGCGUCAAUGACUCGCCCGCCCUGGCUCGGGCCGACGUUGGCAUUGCCAUCGGCACGGGCACCGACGUGGCUAUUGAGGCGGCUGACAUCGUCCUCAUUCGAAACGACCUGCUGGAUGUGGUGGCCAGUAUUGAGCUGUCGAAGAAGACGGUGCGGAGGAUACGGACCAACUUUGUCUUUGCCCUCAUCUAUAACCUUCUAGGAAUACCCAUUGCUGCAGGUGUGUUCAUGCCUGUUGGCCUGGUGCUCCAACCCUGGAUGGGCUCUGCUGCGAUGGCUGCUUCGUCUGUUUCAGUGGUUCUGUCUUCUCUACUGCUGAAAAUGUACAAGAAAACCUCAGUGGAGCUGUAUGAGGUGCGAGCACUGGGCCAAACGAGGAGCCUUCGGUCGUCGCAGAUCAGCACACAUUUGGGUCUGGACAGCCAGCGGCGCAGCCCUGCUCCACCCACUCGGGAGCAGCUGAACCAAAGCAGCACCGUCCCACCAAGCCAGGGACCAUCCAUUAACUCUGUAAAGGACCUUCAUGUGUUAUAAAGGGAAAAGGGGGGAAGGACCGAGACAUCACACAGUUUCUGCUCCUCAUGUUUACGAACUGUGUGAUAUUUUUAUGUAUUUAUGUAAAUAGACAAGGCUAAUUGUGCACAGAAACUCAAAAAGUGCUCUUAUUUUGGUGUGGCACAUUCACCUUUAUCUCAUAAAGCUGUUAUUGGUGGCUCUGUGGACACCAAGCCAACAUCAAUCUAACUUUAGUAAGAAAAAUGUUGAAAAAUCAAGCUGCUAAAAAUGAAGCUAUUACUGAAGCACUGUGUCAUUUUAUGCAUUUUAUGCCUAUUUUCACUGCAGGUGACAGGAGCCGCAUAAAUCAAGCUUGCAACAUGAAAUAAUGUUGUUGUUGCUUAUGUGUAACUGCUGUACAAAUGCACCUCUAUAAUAUACAUAACUCAAAGUAAAGCUACACUGUGAUAAGACUUUCAGUGUGACAGUCUCAGGUUAUAAAUAAUGCACAAGUUCAUAGAGAAAAACCAACAGUUCGAGAAUGUGUGUUUAUAUUUGCACCUGUUUCAUCCAACAGCUCUGAUUCUGUACUUUGAUUGGAAAACUGUCACUGAACCUAAGAGAAAUAAUAUGUUAUAGUAUGUAAA